AUGGUAGAUCAAGAUACAUUUAUUGGCCAGACGGUAUGUAUCGCAGGCGGAUCUCGAGGUCUAGGCAGGAUCAUGGCGGUAGAGGUUGCGAAACAAGGGGCUAGCGUCAUCAUUCUUGCUCGGAACCCGAAGGCCCUCCAGGAGGCCAAGGGAGAAAUCAUGGCCGCCCGUUUAUCAGAGGAGCAGACUGUCCACACCAUUUCUGUGGAUCUUGGAGAUCACGCUGCCCUGAGAAACGCCAUGUCUGAACACAAUGCCACGCCAGAUACGUUGAUUUGCAGCGUCGGUGGCACUACUCCGGAUCAGAUAGGUUUCCUUGUUGACCUGGCACCGGAGUCACUCGCGACUUGCCUUUCAUCUAAUUACCAGGCUUCCCUCUUCAUCACACAGUGGUGUGUGCAGCGUUGGGUUCAACAGCCGGACCCAAGUCGCACCAGACGUUUGGUCUAUAUCGCUUCCGCCGCUGCUUUUGUCGCUCUCCCAGGCUAUACCGCUUAUACACCGCCAAAAACUGCUUUGAGAGCAUUAGCAGAUACACUCCGCCAAGAGCUACUCCUAUACGGUGACGAGAGCAUGUAUCGUGUGCACAUUGCUUUUCCGGGGGCUUUCAUCACGGAUUCAUUCAUCCAGGAGCAGGCGGCGAAACCAGAGCUUCUCAAGAACAUGGAAGGUUCAAACUACUCGGACAUGGAGAAACUGCUUAAGAACGUACAGAGUGCCGAAGACAUCGCCGCAAGGAUCUUCAGAGCUAUCAGGAAGGGACAGUACAUGAUCACAACAGACCGGACAACUGACCUGACAUUAAACAACAUGCGAGGCCCGAGCCCCAGCGACAGCACUCUGUACGAUGUGUUCAUGUCGUUUGUGGGCUCUCUUGCUUUUCCCUUUGUACGUCGGCGAUUCGAUAAAAUGACCGUUGAGUACGGUCUUGAGAAGUCGCUACGAAAGUCGCUCUAG